AGUGAAUCAAACUUCCCUCCGCUCACAGUUCCUCACAGUUCGCCCAGGCAGGGCUGCUCGCUCCCUCCCCUCCCGCGCCCUCCGCCGCCGGUCCCUCGCUUGCGUGUCGAGAUUCUUCGCAUGCCGGUCGCCUGAAGCCCACCGAAGAUGACGGACUCGAGCUCGGCUCCGGACGCCGCGGGCAACCCGGACCCGGCCGCGGAGGACGCGGCCCCUCAGAACGGGGAGCCGGACAGGGGGAGCGCCCCGGAGACUUUCAGCAUGGAGCAGGAGAUGAAGAUCAGCGAGGUGGAGGAUAAAGACCUGCUCGAGAGCAGCCUGCGUCUCAAACCCCACGAGGCACAGAAUUACCGGAAGAAGGCCCUGUGGGUUUCAUGGGUGUCCAUCGUGGUGACGUUGAUCCUCGCCAUAGCCGCAUUCACUGUUUCUGCGAUGAGAAGCAGUGCCUCGGCGUUCGCCUUUGCUUUUGAUGCCACUCUGGACGUGCUGUCCUCCAUCAUCGUGCUGUGGCGCUACAGCAAUGCAGCAGCCGUGCACUCAGCACACAGAGAGUACAUAGCAUGUGUUAUUCUGGGGGUGGUGUUCAUCCUCUCCGCUAUAACCAUCCUGGUGAAAGCCAUCCAUGCCCUCGCCACCAGAGUACUGCCUGAAGUGGAUGAUUUUCUCUACAGUGUGUCGGUGAUCAGCGGUGUGGUGUGUGUGAUACUGGCCGUGCUGAAGUUCAUGUUGGGGCGAGUCCUGACCAGCAGAGCCCUCAUCACUGAUGGUUUUAACUCACUGGUGGGCGGAGUAAUGGGUUUCUCCAUCCUCAUCAGCGCUGAGGUGUUUAAGCAUAACCCUCAGGUCUGGUACCUGGACGGUGCCAUCGGCGUCCUGAUCGGACUCAUCAUCCUCGCCUACGGAGUCAAGCUGCUGAAGGACAUGGUGCCCCGUAUGAGACAAACCAGACACUACGAGCGCUUUGAGUAGAACACACUCUGCCCAGCGGAGGAACGCAGAGAACGGACUCUGUCUGCCCACACACUCCUGUAGAGACUCUCCCCGACGGAGGAAAAACACCCACACACUCACACACUAUACAUAUAUAUACAUAUAUGAACUGCACCAUCUCUCAUUAUCUCCAACAUGGAUCUGGAGAGGAAGAGGAGGAUAAUGGAGAAAGUAGAAGUAGUAGAAGAUGCCUGUUGAGAUGAAGCUGGGUAACUCUGGGUGUUCUUUACGGCUGGAGGAUGCAUCUCAGCUGCAGCGUCACCUGUACAGUGCUACAACUACAACACCUUAUUAAGUAAUGCUGCAGUUCUACAGGGUGUGCUGUGAUCAGCAUCAGCUGAACUCUUAGUUCAUUAGAUCAUUAGUUCAUUAGUUCAUCCUAUGAGAAGAGAGCAGUGACACACAGUUCUACACUAUUUUACCUGCCAGUACAUAAAAGCACAUCUGCGCUCACCCAUCCGUUUAUAUAUACACGACACAUGAGCAGAGAAUGGAGAAAACUGGAGAUCUGGAAGAGGAACAAAAAAAGAGUUAAAAGAAGAUACAGAGCACAGGAUAAGAAAAAGGCACAGAUACAGAUCACUACUAGAUAGAUUCUAUUAUAGAAUCAUCUUUUUCUUUUAUUUAAACCUUUAUAAUAAUAGUUUAAGAAAGAACUCUCCAGCUGUUCUCAGUCUAACCUCUAAUAUCUGCCACAUCUGUAUCAUACAAACCUAAGUUCUGUAUUUUUCGCACUAUCAAUGAAUUAUAAGGCACAUUACAUGACACUACUAAGGAACAAGGGUUUCCAGGUUUCCACUAAGGCUGGGUGCAGCAGCAUUAGCGGCUAUCUGCUAGCCCUAGCGGUUAGUGACUAAUGCCGCAAAACAACGUUAAACUGAGGAACCCUGAAAAUCCCAGUAAGCCAGGGCAAUAUUAGCUAGCAGUUAAUCUCACAUAGCUUGUUUUAACACGAUAAACGUGCAGGCUGCGAGCAGAGCUAGCACUUUGCACAGUUAGCGGCUAAUGCUAAUAUUGCUACAGAACUAAUCUGAAACCUCUAAAUGGUGAAAGAGAUGGCGCUUAGCACAGUUAGUGGCUAAUGCUAAUACUGCUCCAGCAGUGCUAGCCGGGGUUAGUAGCAAGCUACAGGCCGAUAAUACUUACCUCUAAAUAGUGAAAGAGCUAGCGCUUAGCACAGUUAGCGGCUAAUGCUAAUACUGCUCCAGAACUAAACUGAAACACCUGUAUGACGCUGUACUUCAGCGGAGUGGCUUUGCUGCUCCUUACAACCUGACUGGUAGAAUUCAUACAGAAAGUGCACCAGAUUAUAAGACACACUGACAAUUUUUGGGAAAAUGUAAAGAUUUUAAGUGCGCCUUAUAGUGCGGAAAAUACAUUAAUAUUCUGCAUUAGUGCAGCCUGGAAUAUUAGCCUCUUUAAGAAUGCAGGGUGAAAUGUUCAUGCCAUAUCAUUCUGUGCCAUUAUUGAUUAUUGAACAUCACUCAAAGAGUGUUAACAAACAUCACAACCACAGUGUUAGCACACUGGCUACAGUCCUCAUUCAACAUCACUACCACAGUGUUAGCACACUGGCUACAGUCCACAUUCAACAUCACUACCACAGUGUUAGCACACUGGCUACAGUCCACAUUCAACAUCACUACCACAGUGUUAGCACACUGGCUACAGUCCUCAUUCAACAUCACUUCCACAGUGUUAGCACACUGGCUACAGUCCUCAUUCAACAUCACUUCCACAGUGUUAGCACACUGGCUACAGUCCUCAUUCAACAUCACUACCACAGUGUUAGCACACUGGCUACAGUCCUCAUUCAACAUCACUUCCACAGUGUUAGCACACUGGCUACAGUCCUCAUUCAACAUCACUACCACAGUGUUAGCACACUGGCUACAGUCCACAUUCAACAUCACUACCACAGUGUUAGCACACUGGCUACAGUCCUCAUUCAACAUCACUACCACAGUGUUAGCACACUGGCUACAGUCCUCAUUCAACAUCACUACCACAGUGUUAGCACACUGGCAGUAUUUGUCUACAUUGCAGUCGUGAUGGGGCGGGUCCUUGCUAGGACCGUCCUAUAAAUAUCCUCAUGGUAGCCUAUUAGUAUCACAAGCUCCUCCCACCUCAUCACAAAUGGUGCUUUUAUCACCUGCUUGUCUAAACUAUUCUCAGUUUUUUGCUUUUCUGAAAAUUACCAAGGUUUGCAUUGGUCGCCAAUGACCAAUAGUACAUUACAGAUGUGGCAGACAAAGAUUAGCCCCUCCCCCCAAAUAUUUCUUUAAUCCAGGGGUGUCAAACCUGUCCCCAUUGGGCCAGUGUGGCUAUUAAUGAUCACAUGAUCUUCUGCGUGGCUGAAAUAAAAACCUGCUGCCACACCAACCCAACAGAGACAGGUUUAACAUCACUGCUUAAACCCAUGCAGUGAAGCAAGAACAAGAUUUCUACCUCUUUCUGCAGGCCUCUUUCUGCAUGGUGGUUGCUGUGGUGUCGUGAACUUCCUUCAGCAGCGAAGCUCCUUCAGCACAUACAGUUUAGUGGAAAAACCAAAUCUCAAGCCUAAUGAAACCAUGCACAAUUAGCAGAGCACAGCCAGUAACACGAGUACAAUCAGUUCACUACACUAGCAGCUUUCACUCUUCUUCUGCACUCUCCUGCUCGUCACAUUAAAGCACCAGUGCACCCUUAGAUUAAUUAAUAACACACACAACAGCACAGAGGUUCUCCAGCACAGUAGCAGCACACACACUCUACCCAACCCUGUGUAUAUACAGCCGUCACACUUCAGAUCUAUAUUUAUGUAGUAAAUGUGACCAACUGGAGGAACACGUACCGAUGGACUUUCUAUGAAGUUGUGUAUCAUGUUCUUGUUUAAUAAUAAUAAUAAUAAUGUAGUUUUAUUGAUUGUAAAACUGGAGGAGUAAUUCAUUAAUGUACAUACAGUAGA